AUGGCCAGGAUGCUGGGAAGGUCGAGGUCAUUCCGAAUGCUCAAAGGCGGGCACAAGGAAACGCACCAACGGGACGCAGACAACACAGCGCCACAGCCCACUCUUGCAACUGUCCAAGGCGACAGAUUAAAGGCAGCUGCGCCUGUCACACGAGCAGAGAUCAGAGUUGAAACUCCCGAGCCCGACAUGUUGCAACGGCCGAGCACUUCUGGCGGACCAGGUGAUCGCUCAACGCUGUUCCAUAAAAAAGUAUUACCUGUCCAACCUGUCGACGACCCUCGCCUUGGUGUCUCGUUCGUAUCGCCUACCAAGUCGACUACAACCCUUUGCACUGCGCAGCUUUCGGAAGAGGAGGGCAUUAUCGGCAUCGCGCUUGGGAGUCCCACUAUGCCGCCUCAACACUGGCACGCACCUUCAACAGACUUUGUCACGCAGACCCAUGGUACCGUCACCCAGAUUUCCUCCAACAACCAGUCUCCGGAAUACUUUCCUCAAGUCAGCGAAACCCAGGGUGAAGCACCAAAGCCUAAGAUCAGCCGAUGGAAGUCAAUCUUCAAGAAGACAACUCCGCCACCUCGCCAGAACAAAGACACAUUCUACCAACUAGCAAAGGCAGCCAACUCUGCACGCGUAGACAGCUAUCAGGACAGCGACUCCUUGGACUCACGAUCACUUGCGCAAGAGGAUGCCGCAAACCCGUCACCAACGCACAUCUUCAAAUCGGACAUCAGACCAUCCCGCAAUAAGCAAAAGGGACACGCACAACCAGCAACAGACACAAGACCGAGGGCUUUGACGGUCGGUUCGCAAAGUUCGGGCAAAGUGAAGUCACCACUCUCACGCUUUGCGCUCAGUCCGAGACCUCAGAUGCCCACCCAUAAUCCUGCUGCGCUUCCUUCGUUGACUGUCUCCGCCACUUCGCCUCCGCUGCCUGGUAGUAAGCCACUGCUCGAUGUAGAGAUCCCUACCGUGCAUAUGGAACGAUAUAGCGUCAUGUUCAGCGGCUUGCUCCAGCCACAGACUACGAAUGCUUCGUCAUCGCUUUUGCAAAGACGCCAAGGUGCUGCGGACAAGGUCAAACCGUUAAACGGAUUGUCUGUAAAGGGCAAGGAAGAUCAGCCUCGAGGCGGAAUGCAUCGGCGAGCAACAUCACCCAGCCUACCGUCCAAGUCGCCUUCCGGUCACCUGUCUCUCUUCCCAUCCGCAAACACCAGCAGAGCACCAUCACCGCACAUCAUCACAAAUCGACCACGGCCUUUACAACGCUCGAAAACCGCACCAGCCACCUCACCAUCCCAGCUCAACUUCCCUUUCCAAUCUACCAAGAAGGCUCCACAAGAGAUGGACUAUCCUGAUACCCCUUCACUCUCACGUACCUCAAGUGCCGCCUCCGACCGCAGCUUUGAGUAUUCAGACUCCGAGGAAAUCACUAUCGUCGCCACACCCAAUGCUCCGCCCAAGCCCUGGCGACCGCAUGUCCAAGACGAAGAACCUGUCUGGGAAAUCAUCCAACGCCAACCCUCCACCGUCACCAAAGCAUCCGCACUCCGGUCUCACCCUACAAGCGCCGCAUCACCAGCACCGCAAGAACCUACGCCUACCUCGGCAAAGACCCGCAGCCCAGUACUCAGCCGCACAAGAUCGCACACCGUCCUCGCCUCGACGAGCCCGCGAUCAGGGGUCGAGCGUUCCGGAACAGGCGUGCAAGCGACCAUCGGCGUAGCACGAUCGGUUUCGGUGUCGAGAACUACAAGAUCGCCCGGUGCAGUACUGAGUCCAGCAAGUGAGGGUGUCAAGACUCCGAUCAGGAGUCCUGAUGGGCUAGCACCGCCGGGGAAGUUCCUGGGCGGUAACAAGCCACUUACACCUACGCUUGUGGAAUUGAAGAAUCGGAGGAGUCAGAGGGUACAGUUGGUGGAUGCGUGA